AUGGACAAGAUAACGGACAAGAUCGCCGCCCUGCCGGCAGAUGCCAACUACUUCUCCCUCGAGUUCUUCCCGCCCAAGACCGUCAUGGGUUUCUCCAACCUCCGCGACCGUCUGGACAGAAUGGAAAGGGCUCUGCGCCCUCUCUUCGUCAACGUGACCUGGGGCGCCGGCGGUUCAACCUCACAAAAGUCCCUUGAGUUGGCCGAGAUCUGCCAGCGCGAGCUGGGUCUCACGACCUGCCUUCACCUGACGUGCACCAACAUGAGCCGCAAGCUCAUCGAUAAGGCCCUCGAAGACGCAAAGGCACUCGGUAUCCGCAACAUUCUCGCCCUGCGAGGUGAUCCCCCACGCAAGAGUGAGUACCGCACCGCCGAGGACUCCGAUGUCGAGGACAUGGACGACUUCGUCUGGGCCAUCGACCUGGUCAAGUACAUCAGGAAGAAGUACGGCGAUUACUUCUGCAUAGGAGUUGCCGCCUACCCCGAGGGCCACGCCGAUGAGAGCCACCCCCUCGGCCAGAGCUUCGAGCACGACCUGCCCUACCUUGUCGACAAGGUCCAGGCCGGCGCCGACUUCAUCAUGACCCAGCUCUUCUUCGACAUUAAGGCUUACGACAACUUUGAAAAGGUGCUUCGCGAGCACCCCAGCGGCGCCUUCAAGACCAUUCCCCUCCUGCCCGGACUCAUGCCCAUCCAGAGCUACCAGAUGAUCAAGCGCACCACCAAGCUCAGCCACGCCAAGGUCCCAGACGCUCUCAUGGCCCGCCUCGACGCGGCCAAGGGCGACGACGAAAAGGUGAAGCGCGUCGGCGUCGACAUUCUCAGCGAGCUCGUCGAGCAAGUCAAGGAGGUCAAGAGCAGGACGCCCGGCCCCAAGGGCUUCCACUUCUACACCCUCAACCUCGAAAAGGCCGUCUCCUUCAUCCUCGAGAGGACGGGCCUCAUCCCGGAGCACGCAGACGACGACAACGAGUCCGCCAUCAUCGACGACGCCGUCGGCGGCGCCACCGUCAUGCCCACCGUCCAGCUCAACGGCCUCAACCCCAUGUCCGCCGUCCCCCGCGCCCUCUCCAACUCCAACCGCCGCGCCUCCUCCAUCGGCUCCGACCCCCACAACCGCGUCAUCGUCUCCUCGGCCUCAAAUCCCGCCUACGAGACUACCGCCGCCUCCCUCUCCGCGGAGCCCGUAAACACCCGCGCCAACACCCUCGCCAUCUCAGAAGGCGAGGGCGUCCUCGGCCGCGAGGCCACCUGGGACGACUUCCCCAACGGCCGCUGGGGUGACGCCCGCUCCCCGGCCUACGGCGAGAUCGACGGCUACGGCGUCAGCCUGCACAUGUCCGUGACCCAGGCCGUCGGCCUCUGGGGCACGCCCAAGACCGUCCAGGACAUCAACAACCUCUUCAUCCGCCACAUCAAGGGCCAGCUCAGCGCCAUCCCCUGGAGCGAGGAGGAGCUCCUCCCGGAGUCCAACAUCAUCCAGCAGGAGCUGCUCGAGCUCAACUCCCGCGGCUGGUGGACCGUCGCCUCCCAGCCCGCCGUCAACGGCAUCCCCUCGCGCGACCCGACCUUCGGCUGGGGCCCGCAGCACGGCUUCGUCUUCCAAAAGUCCUUUGUCGAGUUCUUCCUCCCCUCGGCCGACUGGGCCGGCCUCGUCGCGCGCCUCAACGAGGUCAAGGACAAGUCCAUCUGCUUCUACGCCGCCAACGCCGCCGGCGACUUCGUCUCGUCCGAUUCGAGCGGCGGCCUCGUCCUCGAGGGCACCGAGACGAGCACCAACGCCGUUACGUGGGGCGUCUUCCCCGGCAAGGAGAUCAUCACGCCCACCAUCAUCGAGGAGGUCAGCUUCCGCGCGUGGGCCGAGGAGGCGUUCAAGAUCUGGGGCGAGUGGGCAAAGGUCUACGGCAAGGGCAGCGAGAGCGAGGCCCUUUUGGAGAGAAUACGCUCCGAGUACUGGCUGGUCAAUAUCAUUCACCACGACUUUGUCGAGAGGGACGCACUGUGGAAGCUGCUCAGCGGUGAGAAGGAGACUUGA